AUGGCCGCUCGCGGUGUCGACUAUGAAAAGCUCGGCGGGCGCGGGUACGGCUCGAUAAAGUCGUGGGGCCGGGAAGCGGGACAGUUUGCGCUGAGGGAUGAGGUGCCGUCGACCUCGUCCGACGGCUUCGAGGUGGCCACAGUAGCGGGCGGCUGUUUCUGGGGAAUUGAGCUCCGACUGCAGCGGCUCGAUGGCGUCGUCGCGACCUGCGUCGGGUACACGCAGGGGCGCACGCGAGAGCCCACGUACGACGACGUGUGCGGCGGAGGCACGGGCCACACCGAGGCGGUGCAGCUCAUCUAUGACCCAGAGGUCCUCGCGUACUCGACCAUCUGCGAGACGCUGCUCGCGUCGCUCGACCCGACCGCCGUGGACCGGGUGGGCAACGAUUACGGCUCGCAGUACCGACACGGGAUCUACUACCACUCGGACAAGCAGCGCGGGGUGGCAGAGGCGGCGAUCGCGGACGCGCAGGCCAGAGCCGGCCGCCGCAAGGUGGUGACCGAGGUCAGGCCGGCGACGGUCUUUUGGCCCGCCGAGCAGCACCACCAGCAGUACCUGCAGCGCGGCGGCCGGUUCGGCUCGCCCCAGUCGGCGGCGAAGGGCUGCAGCGACCGCGUGCGGUGCUACGGGUGA